CUCCCUCCUUCUCCCUCCACUAGACCCUCCCUCCUUAGACCUCACCCGCAUCUGACGAAACCAUCAUGUCUGACGACGAGCACAACCACGAUUUCCAGGAGGCGUCCGCCGGCGCGUCCACGACGUACCCGAUGCAAUGCUCUGCCCUUCGCAAGAACGGACACGUCGUCAUCAAGGGUCGCCCGUGCAAGAUCGUUGACAUGUCUACCUCGAAGACCGGCAAGCACGGACACGCCAAGGUCCACCUUGUCGCCAUCGACAUCUUCACCGGCAAAAAACUGGAAGAUAUUUGCCCGUCGACGCACAACAUGGACGUGCCCAACGUCCGCCGCACUGAGUACCAACUCAUGAACAUCGACGACGGUUUCAUGUCCCUCAUGUCCCAGGACUCGGUUGCUAAGGAUGAUGUGCGCGUGCCCGAGGGCGAGCUUGGCGAGCAGAUUGUUCAAGGCUUCGAGGAUGGCAAGGACCUCCUCGUCACCGUCGUCUCCGCCAUGGGCGAGGAGCAGGCCAUCUCCUACAAGGAGGCUCCCAAAUAGUCGGGUCGCCUUCUCUCAUUUUUUUUUUCUGCUCUGUAUCGAUGUCAUCUCACUCUCUCAGUGUGUUUGUUUCGCAUGUAUCUGUCGCCAGGGCUGUGGAGAGGGGCAAAGGAACGCCUUACGAGUGUUCUCAGUUCGCAUGCUCAAUCCUGUAACACGCUUGCUUGUAUUGCAGUCGGGGAGCUCUUCGGAAUGGUCAGCUAAACACAAGUGUACAAGCGCGGUGGAGUAAGAAUAGAGGCGGGCAUCGGCAAAGCAGAGGCAAUGAGGAGUGUAGUAAGAGGCGGAUGAUAGGGAAGGCAGUGGGCUACGAUUGCAAGUCCUUGCUCAUACUCCGUGGUCGACUCGCCGGCACAGUCACCGAGGGCGCCCCCGUAGAUUGUAGCGUCGGCGCCCGCGUGCGACGAUGCGCAGGAAGAUCGUCGGUGUAGGAGCGUUGCUCGUAAGGCCACGUCGCAUACAUCUUCGCGUCUUUCAGGAUUGUCGCAUCCUUCGCCUUGUCCUUGUCUUUGCCUUUCUCCUUCGACUCCUUGGCGAGCUCCGCCGCAUACCCGUUCCACGGCGCGGGCACGGCAGGUGGAUAGAUCAACUUCUCCGAGCCACGCCAGAGCGGCGGCGGAUGCGACAGUUUGGUGGCGCGCGUAUGAACGGCGAGGGGAAGGAUCUGCCGCGCGAGCUCGGGCAGGCGCGAGCCCUGCUGUGAGAUGGACGGCGCGAUGUGCUCCGGGUAGACUACGGGUCGCGGAGGCGCGCUCGGGAGCGGGACUUUCUCCCGCCCGCCGUCACCCUUCGCGUCUGCUGGCGUGGCGGGUGUAUUGGCGGGAACGAUGGGCACGGCGUGCGACGGCGGCGGGGCGACGACGCGCGGCGGGUUAGGCGCGGAGGCGCCGAAAAGCGUAUCCGGCGGGUCCCAUCGCGGGCGAACCUCGGCCUCCCGCAAGAGCGCGAGCGCGACGCGGUAACGGGACGGGUUCACCGCCGUGAUCGUCUUGGGCGGCGGGUGCGUGAGGAUGUGGUGGUAAGC